UUAAAUGUGGAUUCUGUCAUUUUUUGUCAUUUUAACCGUCUAAAACGUGUGCUUCGUGUACACUAGAAUGUUUGUGAGUAUGGUACAAGUGAACUCAAGUGCGUGUUAAACGCUGCAAAGCGCUUCCUGCUGCGGCUAGCUGCUAAGCUAACGCCAGUCGACGCGGUGUUGACAAAUGAAAAACGACAACAAUUGUGUUCGUUUUAAACCACGUUACAAAAUUCAGCGUUUCGAGUCCACCUCUCAUUUACCGCGGCUGACAAUGAAGUGUUACUGUGUGUCUCGGUGUUUUUCCAUCGUCUGGCCCGGUUUCUAUGCGUAAAAAUAGAAGCUGUGGGACAAACUUAACUUGUAACUAACCGUGAAAGUUGGGUGAGAAGGAAGGGAAAGAGGAGAAGAAAGGGAACUAAAGGAGGGAGGCAUCUCGCAACGAUUUUAAGGUCCUGAAGAUGAGUGAGAUGAAAGGAAGGCAAAGAGGAGAGGAUGAAAUACAUGUAAGGGCAGAACAAAUGAAAGUUGUGAAAAAGAAGGUAGCUCAUGUACAGAAGGUUGGAAUGAUGGUAUGGAAGAUGUGAACGAAGGAAACAAGGAGAUUUCAAAUGGAGGCAGACAUGCACACAAAUUCUCACCUGCACAUAAAACCCAAGCACUGGCCUUGAGUACAAACCUUCACCCUUGUUUGAAACCCUAACGCCAGCGCAAACUACUCCAUGUGUGCACAGCAGCGACAAUGGAUCAGAAAAUUCCCUACGAUGACUACCAGCUGCCUGUGGUCUUCCUGCCCUCUUACGAAAACCCCCCAGCGUGGAUCCCUCCUCAGGAGCGGCUCCGCCACCCCGACUACAACAACGAGCUGACCCAGUUCCUCCCUCGCACUGUGAUCCUGAAGAAACCUCCGGGAGCGCAGCUGGGCUUCAACAUUCGCGGCGGCAAAGCAUCACAGCUGGGAAUCUUCAUAUCCAAGGUGGUCCCGGACUCGGACGCCCACCGAGCGGGACUGCAGGAAGGGGACCAAGUUCUUUCGGUCAACGAGGUGGACUUCCAAGACAUCGAACAUUCCAGAGCUGUGGACAUUCUAAAAACCGCACGAGAAAUCCUGAUGAGGGUCCGAUUCUUCCCUUACAACUAUCAGAGGCAGAAGGAGAGGACUGUCCACUAGGGGGCAUCAGAGACAAGAAAGAAGGACUGAUUCAGGAGCCCGUCUCUGUGACGUCACCCCCCCCCCCACCUCAGCGUCGUCUUAAUAACGGUGACUCAGCUCAUUUGCAUCUAAGAACACACACUUUAACAAAGCUUUUAAUUGGCUCAUAGGAGCGGAAAUAUCUGCUAAUCUAUGUAGAAAUACGCGCGCAUGUGUGUGAAAUGUAAAUAUUAGUCACACCUGCGCCAAAAUAUGAGAAGCCAUCCGGAGCUUUCUGCGAAAGUGAACUCAUGCAAUAGAUCAAACGCGUCGGCUCGGCUGCGUGAAGUUUUUAGUUGUCGUAAAAUAGACGACAGACUUACGACAUUAUCGCUCAUAUUUAUGAAUUGUCACGUUUGGCUGGAUUGAUACGCUGCUUGAUAUGACUUUGAUGUCGUCAUGUGGACGGAAUUUUAUUUUUUAACAGAUUCAGUCUCGCAGCUGCUACGCCGCCAUUUCUUACUUUAUUCAAUUUCCCUCACUGU